GCAGCACUGAAAGACACAAUGUUGUACGACACAAGCAAGACAUAAACACACUAGCGGGCAUCCCGCUCGCGAUCACCGGCACGGUACUUCAUGCCCUGUGAUAAACAGGCGGAUUAUAUUUGGCGUAUAUUGUCUUUAAGUUUAUUCACCAUCGGAUCCAUUGAAGGAAAACGGUGCACCACUGAGGGAAAAAACAAUUUUUUUUUACUCGUCCACACUCGGAAGGGGACUACUGGCAGGUUCCCGACACACAUCGAAACUGUGGAUGGACAUUAAACCUGUCAAUCAAGAGAUGUUGUCCUAAUAUGGUAAAGAACACAGCUUGUCAUUAGGCAAGAUGUCAACAACAACAGAAAAUGGCAUUGGGGGGGCUUGGAGUACCCACAGAGAGAAAACGUAUAAAAAGACAACGUCAUCGGCCUUGAAGGGAGCCAUUCAGCUCGGCAUUGGCUACACAGUUGGAAACCUUACCUCCAAACCUGACAGAGACGUGCUUAUGCAAGACUUCUAUGUGGUGGAGAGUGUCUUUCUGCCCAGUGAGGGAAGCAACUUGACCCCUGCACAUCAUUAUCCUGACUUCCGCUUCAAAACCUAUGCCCCCCUUGCCUUCCGCUACUUCAGGGACUUGUUCGGCAUCAAACCCGACGACUAUCUGUACUCACUUGUCAAUGAGCCUUUGAUCGAGCUGACCAACCCUGGAGCCAGUGGAUCUCUCUUCUACUUGACCUCUGAUGACGAGUUCAUCAUUAAAACAGUCCAGCACAAGGAGGCCAAAUUUCUUCAGCGAUUACUCCCUGGAUACUAUAUGAACCUGAACCAGAACCCACGCACCUUACUCCCCAAAUUUUAUGGACUGUACUGUAUCCAGUCAGGAGGCAUCAACAUCCGACUGGUGGUGAUGAACAACGUGCUGCCUCGCUCCGUUAAAAUGCACCACAAAUACGAUCUGAAAGGAUCCACAUACAAGAGACGAGCAUCCAGGAAGGAGAGAGAGAAGGCUUGUCCCACCUUCAAAGAUCUGGACUUCGAGGACUUGCACGAAGAAGGGCUUUACUUUGACACAGAAACGUACAACAACCUGAUGAAGACUCUGCAGAGAGACUGCCGGGUUUUGGAGAGUUUUAAAAUCAUGGACUACAGCUUGCUGCUGGGUGUCCACGUCCUGGACCAGAAUCAGAAAGAGGGUCCCGAGCAGGGCCAGGCAGCGGGGGACCGAGCCAGACCUGUGGCUCAGAGGGUCCUCUACUCUACCGCCUUGGAGUCCAUCCAGGGGGACGGCAAGGCUGCUGAAGCCCUCACCACAGACGACACAAUGGGUGGCAUCCCGGCCAAAACACACAAAGAAGAGAAGCUGCUCAUCUUCCUUGGCAUCAUAGAUAUUCUACAGUCAUACAGAUUCAUAAAGAAGUUGGAACAUUCAUGGAAAGCUCUGGUGUAUGAUGGCGACUCUGUGUCGGUGCACCGACCCGGCUUCUACGCCAGCCGCUUUCUCAAGUUCAUGAGCACCCGGGUCUUCAGGAAGACUCAGCAGAUUCGAUUUUCCCCUUCAAAGAGGACUCGCACCUCCAUCCCCGCUCUGAAGUCGCCCUCUCAGGAGAUCCUUUCAUCGCAGGCGGAUGAGAGGGACGAGGAGACAGGCAGGGGGGACCAUCGGAGGGGCGCUCGCAGUCUGGCCAGUUUGGAUGGACACGCUAUGUUUGCGGAGUACCUGCCUCCUGACUUGGUUCCUUCCAGCCAAUCCUUCUUUGAGAGCUCCUCCAUGGGGACGCUCUCCUCCUCCUCCAUCUUGGUCGGCGUGGACACCCAAGCUGAUGAGAGAGACAUAGCAUCCAGCUCCACGUUUACCUUGGAGGACAGCGCCAUCUGUCUCACAUCGGAGCAUAGCACCAUGGACGUGGACCGCGAUGACGGAUCGGUUCUUGACGUCUACUUGUGAAAGCAGGAUCUUCACCUCCACAUUUUCUACUGCUGCUCCAUUCUUCUCCUUGCCAACACGUAAAGAGGACCGGACGGACGUCAUGUGACAUCAUCACCAUGUGACCAGCGCACACAGCCACGCAGUGCCAUCAAGAUCCCUGCUGUAUAUUUGUCUGAGAUCCAUUUUAUUGCGCUGAACAUGAAGACUUGCAGUUGCUGAUGGUGAGAAAUGUUUACAGUGACAACACGGGACUGCACGGUGUUUCACACACACACACACACACACACACACACACACACACACACACACACACACCAUUGUGGGAGCUGACACGUGCCGCUGCAAAGCAAAGUAAGGAAAGACUUGGAUGUUAAAUGAAGGAUUUAUUUCAAAUCUGCACUUUUGGACUCUAGUUGAAGAUGCAAAAGCAGGACAUGAAUAUUCAAGUCCGACUUGUAUUGAAAAGCACAAACUUUGAUGAGCGAUCACGCACUUUGAUACCAAACAAACCGCAUUGUUGAUCCUUUUUUUCUUUGUUUCCUUGCAGGAACGCAGUUUUAUUCUUUAAUUACCGCCUCUGAAAAUCAUCAAGCGGUCUUCUUUGCAAAUAUUUCCAGCUAUCAAUGUUUAUUAGUACCAGGAUUCUGUCAAGUCAUUGCCAUAAUUUAUUAUGUGAAACAAUAUUUUACCAUUUGCUGAGAGAAAUCACUGAAUGUAUAGAAAAUGCAUAUUUAUUUAGGAGACCCCUCUGAAUAAAGUCACAUUAGUCUCA